AUGGUGGCCACAAGCAUUCCAGUCAUCGACCUGGAGCCCGCGCGGAUAGGUGGUCCAGAAGAGCUCGCCAAAGUCGCGCACGAGGUGUACAAGGCGUUCAAGCAUGUCGGGUUUGCCUACAUCAAGAACCACGGCGUGCCUCAAGACCUGGUUGAUGAGGCAUUCGGAUGGAGCGCCAAAUUCUUCGCCCUUCCCGAUUCCGAAAAGAACAAAGCUCCCCACCCCCCAGAAGGCAGCUACCACCGCGGCUACAGCGGGAUAGGCCGCGAAAAAGUCGUCCAGAUGGUUUUCGACUCAGACUCGAUCGCGCAGCGUCGCAAGACCCCCGACGUAAAGGAGUCCUUCGAAAUCGGCAACGAGAACGACACGCAAAUGCGCAAUAUCUGGAUCCCUGAAGAAACUCUCCCUGGAUUCCGCGGCUUCUUCGCAAAGUUCUUUUCGACCUGCUCGGAUCUCGAAACGCUUAUGCUUAGACUUAUCGCGCUUGGAAUGGGGCUAGACGAGAACUUCUUUUUGCAGUACCAUUCCGACCGCACGAACCAGUGCCGCUUACUCCAUUAUCCACCCGUUGAGGAGGAACUGCUGCGAGAAGGCAAGGCCGAGCGUAUCGCGGCGCAUACGGAUUUCGGCACCAUGACCAUCCUCUUCCAAGAUGAGGUCGGCGGUCUCGAAGUCGAGGAUAUUGAUGUAAAGGAGAAAUUCAAUUCCGCGCCGUAUAUCCCCGGCAUGGCGGUCGUGAAUAUUGGCGACUUGCUCAUGCGCUGGAGUAAUCAUGAGUUGAAGUCCACGAUGCAUCGCGUCAGAGCGCCGCCGUUGGUGGAUGUUGCAGAUGAGACGACGGGGGAGACCAAGGGGCGCAUGACGAAGGCACGCUACUCGAUUCCAUACUUUAUUAGUCCGGAUCGUGAUCGCGUUAUUGAGUGUCUGCCUAAUUGUCAUGGGGAGGGGAGGCCCAAGAUGUAUGAGCCAAUUACGAGUAGUGAGUAUAUUGCUAUGAGGAUGAAUGCGACGUACUAG